CUGACAAAACAAUGUAUUUGACCUCAGACUUGUAAGAUGAGCUGAGCCAUAUUGUGUGACCUCUACCUGUGGAACAGCAGGGAUGUACAAAAUAUGAUGUAUAAUCCACAUCAAAAUAAAUGAGCUUGUGUAUUUAUAAGUUUGCAGAACUUUUUCCAUUUGCUAUUAUACACCGGCAUUUCCGAAUUCCCGUAUUAUUAUUGAAUACCUGAGGUCAAUCUACUGCAUUUCAGCAUGCACUGGGGUAAGAAAAGCACUCUAUUUUAUAAUAGUGUUGCUUGCAGCAUUUGUACAUGCAUUACAUUGGGGCAAAAUCAUGAGGUUAAGGGGUGGAAAGCCAUAACCCCCAAGUGCUGUAAUUGUAGGGAGGAACAUCUGGCCAUCUUUGAGGUUGUGUACUACAUUUGCAAGUGCAAAUUCUUUAAAGAUCUAUCACAUUCAGGAAUUUCUGUCUUUUCUCUUGAAUCUAUCCUUGGCCAACAUGAGAACCACCAGCUCAUUGAAAGAAAAGUUAUACAGCUUUUAGACGAAACUGGCCUAUAUUCCCGGAUUUAAUGAUGUGAACCAAGAUGCGAGCUGUUAUUAUUGCUUUGACCGGUGGAGGGCAGAACUACACGUGGGGGGCGAUUGAUUGCAUGAAGAAAUGGAGGGCGAAGUGGUGGAAGGAGGAAAUAAUAAAAGGAAAAACGGAAUUGAAAAUGAGGAUAAGGGUAAGAAAUAUGUAGUUGGAAUGAAGGUGGAUGUGAAGCCCAGGUCUGGAUGGGAAGCAAAUGGCGUUUUUAAUGAAGUCCAUGAAAUGGGGAGACUUGUGAAGAAGGAGACUGGGGAAGUUAGAGCAGUGAGGGUAACCAGGGGGGGAAUUGUAAUCAUGGAGUGUCAGUUGAAGAGACUGAGGGAUAAAGCGCUUAAAAUCAAAAGAUUUGGUUUGACAAAAGUCGUCAGUUUUUAAUGAGAGAAAGAGCACUACGGAAAGGUGUUAUUAGUGGGGUCCCGUUGUCAGUAGAUGUUGAUUGUUUCUUGGAGGUGGAGGGAGUUUUCGGGGCAAGGCGAAUGAAAAGCUAUAGGGAGGGUAAUGAACAAGAAAGUGGUGCAGUACUGCUAGAAUUUUUGGGAGAACUACCAGAGAGGAUUUAUUUAGAUUAUGUUUGUUACAGGGUGAGGGCAUUUGAGGGGGUUCCACUGAGGUGUUAUUGGUGUCAGGACUAUGGACACGUGGCAGCAGUUUGUAGAAAAAGGGUUCACAGGUGUAGAAGGUGUGGGAAAGAUGGGUGUUCAGAUGAGGAUUGCACAAUCUCUAAAGACAAGGCAAUAUGUUUUCACUGUGGGGGAAAUCAUGAAAUGGGAGCAAAGCAGUGUGAAAGAAGGAAGAGAGAAAGUGAGGCGGAAAGAACACAAGUGCAGAAUAAAAUAACAUAUUCAGAAGCAACAAAGAGAGUGAGGGCAGAAACGGGAACUGAGAGGAAAGAACAGAACAGAACAGAAUAGAACUGGACGGAUGUGAAGGGGGACGAAAUACCGGGAAUUUUGGCGAAAGGGUUUGGAGGGAGUCAUACGCCAGGAAUAUAGGGAAAUAAUAAAGAAUUGUGGUUCAGGUAUGGGAGGGUUGGGUUAUUGUUGAGAACUAAAAUUAGAUGACAAUGCAUACAGUAGGUGGCGGUAAUGCACUAGUUUGCAAACCGCCAUAAAACCCUGAGAAGAAGAAGAAGAAGAACUACGCGUGUUACCGUAUACACUCCCGGAAAAUCACUAUAAGAAGAAGACUGCAGGAGAGAAUUUUCUUAGUUACAGUACCAAACAGCAAGUACUAUACCUGCUAUCCGAAGGAAUUUGACAGCUGCGGAAAGCCAGCUUGGUAUUAACUAGUAGCCAUCGUCUCUAAUUUAGCUGCACUCGGUAGUCAGCUAUAGUGAAUUGUCGAUGUUUAUUUCUUUAAGCACUAUCAGUUCUUCAAUUUUGUUUUAUCAGUGAAUUUAGCGACGGUCCAACUGUAAAACGGGAAGUGUGGUGGAACUGACUGACUGUAAUAGCCAAUUAGAAUCUGUGGAAACUUCUCAGGCCACACCUCUUUGGGUUUAGAGAUGAAAGAAGAAUCUCUGCAGGAUGGCACAGAUUAUUCAGGAGUGGAGUUGAGAUCAGGUCUGAAGAGAACUGAAGACACAGAGGAAAGGAAAACUGAUCUUGGGAUGAGCUGGGAGGAAAAAGACAUUUUAUUCAAAAUAAAGAAAGAGGAAGAAUGGGAGUGGCAGAGUGAGGAUGGUGUGAGAAAUGAAGAAGUCAAGGGACUGUGGAGGGACCAAGAACAAGAGAGAGAUGAAACAUAUGAGCUGGAAGUUACCAACCAAAGGUUGCAAACUGACAGAGGGCUAGAUAAUUGUGGAAAAGUAGGUUGUAUGAAACAGGAAGGGGAUGACCUGUCACUUCAGGUCACUUCCUGUCUGUUGAAACAGCCUAGAUUACUAGUCCAUCAACUCAGAAUAACAGAUUCUUCAGUUCCUUUAGUUUUACCUCCCCACUCCAUUACCAGUGUUGGGGUCCAGACAUUGGUAGCUACAUGGAAACAGGAAGAGCUCUUGCCAGCAAGGAAAGAGAGAUCACUGAAGCAGAGGAGAAAGGUCAAGACCCGGAAGAGAAAGAAAUCACUUUUGGAUUCAUCAGAGAGAGAUGCCUCUCCUGAAUCCUCCAAUGGAUCUCAAAAUGCAGGAGAGAAUAGUCACUGUGCGGACAGAGAUGAAGAGGACUGGGUCAUGCCCCUCUGUGAGGCCUCCAGCAGUCCUGCCACCCCGUCCUCCUGCUGUGAUCGCCCACCCCAAGGCACCUCGCAGACGGACCAGGUCCAGAAACGCAGGCGCAGCUACCAGCAGUACUGGCACAGAGAAUAUAUGAUGGACUUUGACCCGCAACAGAACCGGAUGAACUGCAUGGUGUGCAGCAGCUCACUGGUCACCCUUCAGGUCAGCACCAUCAAGCGGCACAUCCGGCAGAAGCACCCAGGCUCUCUGCUGCUGACCCCCACUGACAAAGAGAGAAUCUGCAGGAGCUGGGCCGAGCACCUGGGACAGGACCCGAAACCCAGCCACGUGCCAGGCGGGACGACCAAGGUACAGGAGGAGUUGUUGGACAGCGGACAGAAUUCCAUAGGGCAGACUGGUGAGCUGCCAUCUCAGAUCUUUGUCUGCUCCCAUUGCCCAUUUGUUCACACGGAAGGAGUGAACCUUCAGCAACACAUUAAGGAGGCUCACCCAGAAGAGCACAGCAGGAGUCUAAAGUUUGGAGUAAACCAAGAAGGGAACCCACUGCCUGUCAGUAGGACAGAUCAACACCCCUCACCCAUUAAGACACACCCCACUCCAACACAGUCCCAUACAGGCACUGUAGGGACCUACAAAUGCUCUGUGUGUGGUCACAGUUUCAGAUAUCCCUCACUCCUGAAAAACCAUAUGCAAAUUCACACAGGUGAGCAGCAGCACCCUUGUCCCCUGUGUGGGAAGAGUUUUGAGCUGGAAUCCCUGCUCACAGAACACCUGCAGUCUUAUCAUGGAGAGCAGUUGUAUUCUUGCUCCCCAUGUGGGAAGAGCUUCACUUCUCCAUCAGACCUGAAGAGACACCAACAUAUUCACACAGGGGAGAGACCGUACAACUGCUCCCAGUGUGGGAUGAGUUUCAGCCUGCCGUUUACUUUGAAGCAGCACCAAUCGAUUCACUCUGGGGAGCGCCCAUUCCAGUGCUGCUAUUGUGGGAAGAGCUUCAGGCAAGCGAUACAGCUAACUCGACAUGAGCGAACUCAUACAGGGGAAAGCCCUUACCACUGUUUCCAAUGUGAAAAAAGCUUCAAAUCACCCUCAGACCUGACGAGACACAAGCGAAUUCACUCUGGCGAGUGGCCGUACCUUUGCUACCAGUGCGGGAAGAGUUUCAGUCAGUCCAGCAACCUGAUACAGCACCAACAGAGCCAUUCUGGGGAGCGCCCUUUCCGCUGCUCCCAGUGUGGGAAGAGCUACAGUCGGUCAAGUACUCUGACACUACAUCUGCGGACUCAUACAGGUGAACGGCCAUUCGUUUGCUCCCAGUGUGGGAAGUGCUUUACUAAAUCUUUUAACCUAAAGCAGCACCUUAAAACUCAUAGGAAAGCAUCUUCCAUUAAUACCAGGGUGGAGAAGAGCCUUGAUGUCUGACAAAACAAUGUAUUUGACUAUAAGUUUGCAGAACUUUUCCCAUUUGCUGUUAUACACUGGAAUUUCCGCAUGCCCAUAUAUUUCAGCAUGCACUGGGGUCAGAAAACAACUCUAUUUUAUAAUAGUGUUGCUUGCAGGGUUCUUCCUUUGUUGAAAUGUCUUAGGCAGACUGGCUUAAGUAUUUUUUUCAAGCCACCCAUAGGAGAAAUUGUGCCUAAAAACAACAACCUGAAAACAAUAAGAAACGGUCAAUGGAUUUAUUGGUAAAAUUUUGUUGUUCAUGAUAUUGAAUUUUAAGUUUUUUAACUUUUGACUGCUUUCAAGUUUACGUGCAACCGUAGAUACGCUAAAUUAAGUACAGUAGAAUCCGCUUAUUGCGUAAAAUAAGGAAACCGAGUGCCGACGACUGCGUAUACCACUCUGACGCCCACUGUCGACGUGAUGUUCAAUAGAAACCACCUCAAGACAGAGGAGGUGACUUCUUUGAUUGUAAACAUACGCUAAGAAAUCCUGCAUAGUAUGCCUUUAAAAAGAGUAAACAUGUUAACUUGGGUGUCAUGGUCAGAUUGCUGCAAGAACUGAUUCUACACUUGAUAUGUUUACAAAAUUGCCUGCAGUCCCUACCCAUCUUGAUUCCUUAGGUGUCCACUCUAAAAGAGCUUUGUUCUCCAUUCACUCACAUGCUUGAAUAAAGUGUUCCCCUCCAACGUGUUUGUUUCAACACUCUUACCCAGAGCUACUAGCACAACCUCCAGGGGUCCCCAUAAACACAUCAGCUGCACAGUCAAGUGACUAAUCAUACAAUUUUUUUAAUUGAGACAUUUAUAAAAACAAUUAGUUGAUAUUAUAUUAGGAGGAAGUAAAGUUAACAUGGGUGGUCUUAUAUGCUACAAAAAGCAUGUCUGAGCGAUAGAGUGAAGCAGUAUUCACCUGGUACACUGCAUACCGACGGACUGAAUUUAUGCACAACCUGCAAUUUAUCAAUAAACAAUAGACCGUACAUAGAAUUUAUGUCUGAGAUCAACACCAAGGGGGAAUCAUCUGUCAACAGAAGAAAAGACACUCUUGAGCGGUGACAUAAUUGUCAUUCAAGAUUUAACAGAUGCGUCCAAAUAUUCCACUGGAAAAAGUGGACAGUCCCAAAUUGCAUGCAUUUUUAAACUAGCAUGUAAUAAAUGGGGGUGGAGAGUGAUUCUGACAGCUCAAUAGCUUCGACAGAAGUAUACUACCUUUAAAGUAGAAGAUUUAAAGAACUGAUUGAAACAACUGACAACAUAUCUGUGGUCAUGGUCAAUUCAACAGAUGGCAAGACAAUUAUGUUUCACAUAUUUUAUUUGUUCUUCAAGGGAAAUCUCUCACAACUUAUCUGAAAGUUCUCCUUACUGACUGUGACCCUAACUGCCUUGAAUUACUCCUCAGUUGUGGAUAGCAAUAAGAAAUUCUUAUUGGAUUGUAAUAUUUUGAAAAUGUGACUCUAUUGGUGUCUGACAAUGGAAGUUAUAUGUUAAAGGCAAAUAAAGACAACCUUAGAAGCUUGUUGCAAAAUUCAGUGCAUUUAACUUGCAAUGCCCACAUCGGCAUGAGCGAGUAGUGUUUGGUCAUCUAAUUUCCCUAAAGCUGACACUUGACUUGUGGUCACUGUCAAGGAUCAGGUGAUUCCUAGCUACCGGUCACCGCCAGGAUCAGGUUCAAAGUUCUGACCCUGGCCUACACUGCAGCUGACAGGACAGUCCCCUCCUACCUACAGGGCAUGAUUCAACCCUGCUGUGCUGCAGCCGGGUGACUUGCACCCCUUGCCAUCUGGAUGAUAGUUCUCGCUCGUCCCAACCACAGAGCUUAUCCACCCUAGCUCACCAGUGGUGGAACGAACUCCCCGUUCCUCUCCGAACCACUUGUUCAUUGCCCAUCUUCUGCCUUGGUCUGAAAAAGCAUAUCUUCAAACUGUAUCUGGACUAGCGAUCACUACUCUGCAGGGCACUCACAAUCUAGGAUCGUUCCUAUCAGAUCACUUAUCACUCAGAUCCUUCUCAUUUGUUCCUGUAGCACUUUGUUACACUUGUAUCUCCAUCCAGCACUUGUAUUAUCUUGAUGUUGCAGCUCAUCGUCAUGUCUCCUAGUUCGACUUACCAUAACUUUCUGACCUAGCCUAUGCUUGCUGUGUGAAUGGGCCUCAUUCGCAAAACAUGUACGAUCACAUUUGAUCGUAAACUGCAUGCAAGAACGUUCUCAAGAAUAUUUUGGCAUUCAUAAUUUUCUUUCUUAUCUGUAUUUGUUCAUGGCUGUUUCCUUAUGCAAAUCACAUGAACAGGAUUGCACAUACAAUUUACAAACAACCAGAAUUCAUCAUCCCAUAUACCUGGGAUACGCACAAAAACAAAGGUCUGCACGUCAUGAAUUUAAUUGUUUUUUUGUAGGAACCUUUUUAAGAACAAAAGUGAGAAUAAUUUAAGAAAUGUUUGGUCAAUGAGGUCCAAUGUGUUCAUGGUUAUGGAUAACUACAUAAUGAGUAUUGUAGCUGUGUUUUGUAGUUGUUCCAAUGACUUUCAGUAUGCACUUAUUGUGUCACUUUGGAUAAAAGCAUCUGCCAGAUAAAUGCAAUGUACAGUGGUGAAUUCUAAAAUGUUCAUCAGAUUGUUCAAACAUUCCUUUAGAAACUGGCUAUGAGGCCAUGUACGCCCAGGAUCCUGAAAGCAACUGAUGGACAAAGACCAAACAAUUACUUCCAAUUUAAAGCGUGUUUAAGACUAAGAGGUCACUGUGUGGUUAUUCAAUAUUCACGCUAUAUGACUAGACACAACCAAUCAUUUACUUUGUUAAAUCUAUAUGCUUAUGUAAUUAACCAUAUACCAAUCAGACAUAGAAUUAUGUGUUAUUGGUAAAACACUUUUUGCUUAUUAGCAAGGAUUGGUCGUUUUCUUCAGUUUCGUCUUGUUGGUCUUGUUGUAAGUGCUGGACACUUUCUGCAGAAAUAAAUGUUAUUUCCUAUAUGGA